AUGAUGUCAGCGAGGUCCAUCAUGACAUUGCGCUCGGCGCACGCCAGCAGGGUCGUCCUAGGACGAGGCUUCUUCAUCUCAACCUCUUCACGAUUCGGACUCAAGGAGUCAUCGACGCGUACGUCUCCCUCACUCUCUCACAAACGCGCCGCUGACAAUGUCGACCCCAAAGCAGAUACAGACUUUGACAAGCACAAGCAAGACUCCCUCGCAAAGCAAAAGAAGGGGACAGGCCACUGGAAGCCCGAGCUCGCGUCCGACAGCGAAGAGGCCGUCAAGGCGGACCGGUCGGCUAACGAGCCUGCCAAGGAUUUGCAGGAGAGGACCAAGAGGGCUGCUGAGGAGACGGCCAAGGCCGGUACGAGCAUGAGGGAUAACAUGUGA